AUGGUUGACCUCGGCAACAAUAAAUUGUCGGGAAAGAUACCAACAUGGAUUGGCCAAAGCCUACCAAACUUGGUGAUUCUACGCUUACGGUCAAAUGAGUUUAAUGGAAUCAUACCCUUCUCCCUGUGCAGUCUAGCUGCCAUUAAUGUUUUGGACCUCUCUCACAACAAUAUUUCAGGAAGCUUGCCGCAUUGCUUGAAUAACAUUACCGCUUUGGCUCAUGAUACUGGAGGAAGUAGAAGUUUUACUGUGGAACUUGUGUGGAAAGGAAUAGAAAUUGAGUUUGGGAAAAAUCUUGAUGGUAUGAGAAGCAUUGACAUUUCAAGCAACUAUUUGAUUGGGGAAAUUCCGCCUAGUAUAGCAAGUAUGACAGAGUUGAAAUCUCUGAACCUGUCUGGAAACAAAUUGACGGGAAAGCUUCCUAAAGACUUUGGUAACAUGAAGAUGUUGGAAUCUCUUGAUUUGUCAAGAAACCGGAUAUCUGGUCAAAUUCCUACAAGUUUUGCGAGCUUAAACUUUCUUAGUGUCUUGGACUUGUCACACAACAACUUGUCAGGAAGAAUUCCAUCAGGCACCCAACUUCAGGGCUUUAAUGCUUCUCAAUAUAUGGGAAAUCGUGGACUUUGUGGACCACCGCUAACACAAAGUUGUCCAGGAGAAGGAACAGUUCAAGAUGAUGGAAUCACGAGAGGAACUGAAAUUGAUAACAAAGAACAGGUUAGUGAUGGUCUCAUAAACCUUGGAUUCUUUAUUAGUGCAGUGCUGGGAUUUGUCACUGGAUUUUGGAUGGUCUGCGGCAGUUUAUAG